AUGAUGAAGCGAUCAAGACCCCUCUUGUUACCGGCAGGAUCAUUUGACACGCACGUCCACGUAUUCAAUCCUCUACUAGGCCCAUACGCCUCUGGACGAGCAUACACCCCAGAAGAUGCACCCCUCUCGAAGCUUCUCGCAUUCAAUCAAGCGUUAUCAACCGAGCAGCAACCCACGAGACUCGUGCUCGUUCAACCAUCACCUUAUAAGACAGACUGCACAGUUCUCAUGAAAUGCCUACAGGAGCUAAAGCGGCGAGAAAUCACGGCCUAUGGAAUCGUGGUUGUCGAUCUGGAGCGCGUGACUGACGACAAACUGGACGAAAUGCAUCGGCUAGGAGCCAGAGGGAUCAGGUUGAAUUUUCAAGCUGACGGGAAGGAGGUUGAUACAACGAGAUUGAUAUCUGUCUUACGCCAAGCCGCAGAGAGAAUCCACCACCUACCGGGAUGCUUGAUUCAGCUAUUUGUUCCGGGUUGGACAUGGGAUGUUCUGCAUGACACUAUCCAGUCCCUUCCAGUAGUGGUCAUUGCCGACCACCUGGGAGGCAUGCUGGGGACAUCUAAGCUAGGGACUGGCUCUGAUGGCGACGCAUUAUCACAGCCGGGAUUCAAAUCGCUUGUAUCACUGGCACGUCAAUCCCGCGUUGUGGUCAAAGUGUCUGGGUUGUACCGUGUUUCGGACGAUUCAGGGAGCAACUAUAGUGAUCUGCGGCCAAUUAUACAGAUGCUCGCAAGUGAGGUACCCGAUCAGAUUAUCUGGGGCAGUGACUGGCCACAUACAGGCGAGGGAAGCAAUCGAGCACGGAGAAAUCUAGAUGUAAAGGAACCGUUUCGAGAGAUCGAUGACCGGGGGAUUUUGCAGAGUCUGAUGGACUGGCUGGGAGAUGAGAUGAUGCGACAGAUGCUAAAGGAUAAUCCUGAGAGAUUAUAUGAGUAG